CCCGGAGCCCGGCGGCCCUGACUUGCUUUGUGACCUUGGGCGGGUCACUGCGUCUCUUCGAGCCUCAGUUUGCACAUCUAUCAAAUGGAGAGGAUAAUUCUCCCACCCUGCAGGAUCUGUGGCAGAAGAUUGCGUGCUGAGUGCGGGCUGAAGGUGUCUGUGCACCCUCCCAUCACUGGACCUGGCAGAGAGAGACCCCAUUCAGAACUGGUUUCAUGUCCUUGUAACAAGCCUGUGAUGCUUCCAACAGCUGUAACACUUUGCCCCUCUGGGGACUGGGGGGGUGGGCACGUCGCGCUCCCCUGGAUUCUCCUCACACUUGUGAGAGUGCCAGUUACGCUGCACCGCUGCCAACACUAAACAAACUUCUGAACACGUGCCCUCCUCGAUGAACCCACAGUGAUCUCUUUGUUUUGCCUUCCCCCAGCUCAUGCAUUCUUCAAGUCUUGGUAACCGGAAUGUUUUGUCUGUUUGGGCUCCAGACGUUCAGUGGGACAGGAACCAAAGUUAAGUACCUCAUGACACGUCCAGAUGAACCUGAGAAAAUUGUGAGCUGUUGACUGCACUGCCUCUCUGAAUCAGCUGGUACUUCUUUUUGUCUCUAGUUUUAAAUGCUCCCCAGAGGGGACUUGCCUGGUGGCACAGUGGUUAAGAAUCUGCCUGCCAAUGCAGGAGACACGGGUUCGAUUCCUGGUCCGGGAAGAUCCCACAUGCAGCGGAGCAACUAAGCCCGUGCGCCACAACUACUGAGGCUGUGCUCUAGAGCCCGUGCUCCACAACAAGAGAAGCCACAGCAAUGAGAAACCCGCCCACCGCAACAAAGAGUAGCCCCCUCUCGUGCAACUAGAGAAAGCCCAGGUGCAGCAACAAAGACCCAAACACAGCCCAAAAUAAAUAAAUUAAUUAAUAAACUAAAAAAAAAAAAAAGCUCCCCAGAGGCGACCUGAAAGCCAGAAUCUUCUCAGCAUAGGAUGGAGGAAAUUAUUCUGAAGUUCUCAUUAAACACAUUUAUCUCUCAAGCUUUGGAAGGAGCCAAAAUGCCAAAGGCAAGAAUUCCAGAGCGCUGCCUACCUGUUUUGAUAUCCUGGUAAAUGUCUAACAAAUCUAGCAUGUGUCCUCUAGGCCUGACCAGUUGCUGGGCAAAGUUCCAGAACAGUGAGACAUCUGGGGAUUCAUCUGGUUUAGGAAAGACCUUUAACUACCAGGUGGUAGUCACCUCAAUGUUCUUUAAAUAGUCAGGUUUUGAGGUCUUUUCACUGGGGUCUGUUCUGAUGGCUGCCUCCCACCAGCGUGAAACAGAAGGAUGACCUUAUUCUGUGAGCAGAACAACUGUGAAGGAAGUAGCUGCAUGUGUGAAAGUCUGUGGGAAGAGAGAGCCACCUACAAUGUCCCCACCAAACCAGUCAGUGGAAGGCCUUCUGCAGGGAGCUCCCAACAGAUCCCUGAAUGCCACAGAAACCCCAGGGGCUUGGGAUGCAGGGACCCUCCAAGCCCUCAAGAUUUCUCUUGCUGUGGUCCUUUCCAUCAUCACACUGGCCACAGUCCUUUCCAACGCCUUUGUGCUUACCACCAUCUUCCUGACCAGGAAGCUCCACACCCCAGCCAACUAUCUCAUUGGCUCCCUGGCCAUGACUGACCUCUUAGUUUCCAUCUUGGUCAUGCCCAUCAGCAUCGCAUAUACCACCACCCACACCUGGAACUUUGGCCAACUCCUGUGUGACAUCUGGCUGUCUUCUGACAUCACGUGCUGCACAGCCUCCAUCCUGCAUCUCUGUGUCAUUGCUCUGGACAGGUACUGGGCCAUCACUGAUGCCUUGGAGUAUAGUAAACGCCGGACAGCAGGCCGUGCGGUCGCCAUGAUUGCCAUCGUCUGGGCCAUCUCCAUCUGCAUCUCCAUCCCACCGCUCUUUUGGCGGCAGGCCAAAGCUCAUGAAGAGAUGUCGGACUGCCUGGUGAACACUUCUCAGAUCUCCUACACCAUCUAUUCCACCUGUGGGGCCUUCUACUUCCCGUCUGUGUUGCUCAUCAUCCUCUGUGGCCGUAUCUACACGGCCGCCCGGAACCGCAUCCUGAAUCCGCCACCCCUCUACGGGAAGCGCUUUACCACAGCCCGUCUCAUCACAGGCUCUGCGGGGUCCUCGCUCUGCUCGCUCAAUCCCAGCCUUCACGAGGGGCACUCUCAUUCCGCCGACUCCCCUCUCUUUUUUAACCACGUGAAGAUCAAGCUUGCGGAUAGUGUCCUGGAGCGCCAGAGGAUUUCUGCUGCCCGAGAGAGGAAAGCCACUAAAACCCUGGGGAUCAUUCUGGGGGCCUUUAUCAUCUGCUGGCUGCCCUUCUUCGUUGCAUCUCUGGUCCUCCCUGUCUGCCGGGACUCCUGCUGGAUCCACCCAGCCCUUUCUGACUUUUUCACCUGGCUAGGCUAUCUAAACUCCCUCAUCAAUCCAAUAAUCUAUAAUGUGUUUAACGAAGACUUUCAGCAAGCAUUUCAGAAAGUCAUCCAUUUCGGGAAAGCCUCUUAGUCUUGUUUGGUGGCAACUCUUGUUAUCUUUUAUGUCCUGUAACCCAACUGGAAUUGUCUUUUUUAUUUUUCCUGAGAGUUGGGUUAGUCCUGAUAUCUUGGGUUUUGGUUCAAUCAAUAGAAUUGUUCAGCAUUC